AUGUCGGCAUCAAUUAACACACGUCUCCCUGUGGGAAACAAAGACUUCACCAAUGCAACUGUUGUCAUUAUUGGUGCUGGCAUAUCGGGGAUGUGCAUGGCGAUUGAUUUGGUCAAACGGAACAAAACUCACAAUUUUGUUAUCCUCGAGAGAAGUAGCAGCGUGGGUGGAACUUGGAAUGACAACAAGUAUCCCGGCUGCUGUUGUGACGUCUUCAGCUCGCUCUAUAGCUAUUCCUUUGAACAGAAUCCUGAUUGGUCAAGAGAGUAUCCCGGACAGGAAGAGAUACACGCGUAUCUCGUUGGAGUUGCAGAAAAAUAUGGACUCUACAAGCAUAUUCGAUUCAACUCCACAGUAGAGGAGGCCCGGUGGGAUGACACCGAGUCCAAGUGGAGGACGAGCGUCGUGCUAUCAGGGCAGAAAGACAGCGAGUUCUCAAGCUCCUACGUCUUGAAUUCCGAUUUUCUUGUCUCUGCUGUCGGGCAACUCAAUUUACCCCGAACACCUGACAUCCCAGGCCUGGGGGAUUUUCAAGGGAAGAUGAUGCACUCCGCUCGGUGGGAUUGGAGUUAUGACAUGACAGGAAAGCGGAUCGCAAUCAUUGGCAGCGGAGCAACUGCUGCCCAGAUCGCCCCUGAAGUUGCUCGGGUUGCUUCUCAUCUCACUAUCUAUCAGCGGACGCCAAACUGGGUCAUUCCACGCCUAGAUCAACCAGUAUCUACCCUUCAAAAGACCCUGUUCAAAUGGGUUCCACCCCUCCACUGGCGCAAGCGAGCCCUUCAAAUGAAGUUCCGUGAAGACUUUUUUGCCGCUAUCACAGACGGAGAUUCGGACCUUUCUCAUAUGCUUCGGACCUUAUGUACCAAUGCGAUUAAAUCGCAACUGCCUGACCGACCAGACCUGUGGGAUACGCUGACACCCAGUUAUGCGCCGGGAUGCAAGCGAGUCAUCAUUACGGAUGAUUAUUAUCCCACUCUUGCCCGUGACAAUGUCCACUUGGAGACGCGGGGCAUCACAUGUAUUACAGACUCUGGUAUCAAGGUCGACGAAGAAGAGCAAGAACACGACCUUAUCGUUCUUGCUACGGGCUUUAAAACUGUGGAAUUCAUGCAUCCCAUCCGGAUUUAUGGCACAAAUGGCCGACCCUUGGAGGAUAUCUGGAGAAAUGGAGCAACGGCAUUGAACGGUGUUACAGUCGAGGAUUUGCCCAACUUUGGAAUGUUCUAUGGUCCCAACACAAAUCUGGGGCACAACUCCAUCAUCCUCAUGAUCGAAGCACAGUCACGAUAUCUGAACAUCCUAGUUGGGGAAGUAAUGCAAGCCCGCCAACAAGGAAAGACACUGGCUCUCAAGCCAGAGCCGGGUGCGUUGAAAAGCUACAACGACAGGAUCCAAGCUAUUCUACGGCGUACCAGCUUUGCCGACCCAAAUUGCAACAGCUGGUAUAAGAGAGAUGACGGGGUGAUCACCAAUAAUUGGUGUGGGACUGUGAUGGAUUACCAACAUGAACUUUCAAAGGUGCAGUGGCAGCAUUAUAUUGCCGAGGGAACUGGUAAGGACCGUGUCAUGAACAAGGCUGCUACGAAAGUGGGUCAUGCUCAGGAGGAGAUAUUGUUAAGCAAUUCUUCGUUGCUUGCUGGGGCUAUUGGUGUUUUAUCGGCGACAGGUUACUUUGUCGCUCGGUCGAGACGACUCAAUGCACACUGA